UACAUUUGUCCUAUUUAGGCUUUAAGUAGUUGUAAGGUUAUGUAAAGUCGUAAGCUUUAGAAUGAAGUAUACAAUAAUUUGGUUGCUUGCUGCUGUUUUAUCGAGUAUCUCAUUAUCAGUUGCUACAACGGAUAUCUUUGUAGGUGGGAUAUUCCCAAUGUCCGGCGGUUGGUCUGGGGGGCAAGCAUGUUAUCCUGCUGCACAAAUGGCUGUUGAAGAUGUUAACAACAGAUCUGAUAUUUUGCAAGGUUACAAAAUUAAUUUGGUCAAAAAGGACAGCAAGUGCGAUGCUGGGCUGGGUACUCGAAAGUUUUAUGAUUUACUUCAAGAUUCAAGAAUAUUUACUUUGCUUACUGGCUGCAGCAGCGUGUCCACACCGAUUGCCGAGUCGGCGUAUUUAUGGAAUAUUAACGUCAUGGCUUACGGUGCAAGCUCUCCCGCUUUAUCGAACAGGAGUCGUUUUCCCUCCUUCUUCCGGACUCAUCCAUCCGCCAACCUCCACAAUCCAACAAGGAUCAAACUCUUCCAAAUGUUUGGAUGGAAGAGAAUCGGGAUUAUUAGUCAAGGAUCAGAAGUUUUUGAAUCCACCGCUAAAGACUUACGCACUCGUUUGAUCCAAGAAAAUAUGGAAAUUGUAACGCAGCAAUCUUUUCAUGCAGACCCGAAAGUUGCAGUACAGAAUUUGAAGAAAGUCGACGUUCGAAUUAUCGUUGGUCUCUUUUACGAAGGAGCCGCACGUAAAGUGAUGUGUGAGGCGUUCAAGGAAAAAUUAUUCGGGAAUCGGUAUGUGUGGUUUCUAAUAGGUUGGUACAAACAUGGUUGGCAUAUAGUUCCUGAAAAAGGUGUUGAUUGCACUGAAGAUGAAAUGGCAGAUACAGUUGAAGGACAUUUUACUACAGAAAUACUGAUGCUCAAUCCAACUAAUGAUACAACUGUUUCCGGCAUGAACACUCAAGAAUUUCUGCAAAGGCUGUCUAACACCACAACUGACAUUCACUUAAAAGGUGGAUAUGAAGAAGCUCCACUUGCAUAUGAUGCAAUAUGGGCCAUUGCUAUUGCACUUAACAACUCCAUUCAACGGCUACAAACGUCUGAUCUGACAAGAAAUAACGGAUUAAUUUUAAACGACAUGUACCGUUCAUUAAAUGCUUCAUCAUUCACUGGAAUAUCAGGAACAGUUGUGUUUGAUUCUGAUGGCUCAAGAAUGGCGUGGACAAAAGUUGAACGAAUGGAAAAUGGAGUUUACAAGGAGAUACUUAUCUAUCAUGCUGAGAAAAAGAUAAUGAAAAGAAUUAAUAAGAUAAAUUGGAAACAACCACCUAAAGAUCGCACAAUGACAGUGAAAAGAACUUUGAAAUUGUCAACCUCUGCUUUUGUGGCUGGAGGUGCCAUGGCAGCAAUGUGUGGCUUCUUCUGUGUGGCAUGCCUCUGUUUCACUUGGAAAGAAAGAAAUAACAAACUAAUAAUACCUCCUGGGUCUUCAUUGAACUCAAUAAGUUUGUUUGGAUUUCUUCUCCUUAUAUCGGCAAUAUUUCUGUCUGGACUCAAUGAUAUCACAGGACCUAUUUGUGAGGUACGAGCAUGGACUCUUUCCAUUGGUUUUACUCUUGCCUUCUCCCCUCUAUUUGCCAAACUAUGGACCGUAAAUGAUCUUCAUAAAAAAAUGAUCUUUGAUGGGAGAAGUACAAAGAAAAAAAAGAAAGAUGUAAAAGUGAACUUCACACUAAACACAGAGACAGUUGUUGUGAUGGUAGUGCCUCUAGUGUUGGAUCUCAUCGUGCUAAUCACAUGGUCUUGUAUUGACCGCCUUGUUCAAUCAAAAUCAAAGCUUGCUCCAUAUGAAGAAGGAGAAGUUAUCAUUAAUCCAGAGUUAAAGAAAUGUGUUUCUAAUUACACAACAAUAUGGAUUGGUGUAAUGUUUGCUUAUAAGGCAAUUCAGUUAUUACUUGGUUCAUUCCUUGCUUAUGAAAGUCGAAGUAAGAUUGAAAGUAACAGUGACCACAAGACUGUAGCUGGUGCUGUGUACAACAUAACGGUCCUCAGUCUUCUGUGUGCUCCAAUCCUCAUGAUCUUAGGUGAUGAACCAAAUCUUUCCUUUCUUUUCCUUGCAACUCCUAUCAAUAUGUGUACCAUCACAAGCACUGCUAUUAUAUUUAUUCCAAAGUGGAGAGUAUCUCGCAAGAAGCCAGAAUUCAGACGAACAGGUUCAAAUCGUUCUGCAGUUCAACGAGUACGACCACCUGCCAGCAACCAUAUUGAGUCAGAGGAACAAAAACUGGAACGUGAAAAUCGAAUUCUUCAGGAAAAAAUUGCAGAAAAAAACAAACAGAUAAAUGAACUUCGUCAAAGAAAAAUUGCAACAGAGAACAUGAGCAAUGGGAUACAAGAACUCACACCACAAGGCCAGGACUGUGAAUAAAAUUUUCCAAAAAUUGUUGUUGUUAUAUAUUGUUGUAAACAAAAACUGUGAGACUGUUUCGUAAUAAAUGUUGUUUCGAGAAUUUC